GUCGGAUUGUCAUUCCGGUGAUCGGAUGUCAAAAUUUUUUAAAGUACUUUUCAAUUUUCAUCAUUUCAUCCAGUUAUUUUAAAAUAUUGUACACAAACAAAGCCAUUGUUUGCAAGCAAUAACAGAUUGUGACUAAUAAUUUCAUUUCAGAGCAGUAAUUAGGUAAAAAUGAAUAUAUUUCUUUUAGUUUUGUCGUAUUUUUUGUACGUUUCCGCAUCAGCUCAGGAGCAGGAAGAAGUUCAUACAAUAAAAUACACUAAUAUUAACUUUUCUGACGAAAUAGCCAAGAAAAAUCAUUUUGUUAUGUUCUACGCACCAUGGUGCGUGCAUUGUCAAAAGUUUUCACCUCAAUGGGAACAAUUGGCCGAAAUGCUUAAUGAAGAUGACAGUGACAUUAAAAUAGCCAAGGUGGACUGCUCGACAGAUAGUAAAGUAUGCCUCAAAGAAGAUAUCACAGGCUAUCCGACUCUAAAGUUUUACAAACUCGGCGACAGUAAUGGCAUCAAGUUCAGGGGCACACGGGAUCUGCCAUCACUUACUAAUUUUAUAAAUGAACAGUUACGGGAGGGUGACGAAAAAGAUCAGGAAUCAGAAGAGGUUCCCCAAGUAAUGAAGCACGGGUUAGUUGAGUUGACAGAGAAAACAUUUGAAAGUCAUGUUGCUACUGGCAAUCAUUUUGUAAAGUUCUAUGCUCCUUGGUGCGGUUACUGCCAGAAAUUAGCGCCGACCUGGGAGGAGUUGGCGCGCUCCUAUCAGGAUAACAAUGACGUCACUAUAGCCAAAGUAGAUUGCACCCAAGAAAGAAAAAUCUGUGAUAAAUUUGAAGUUAAAGGAUAUCCCACUUUGUUAUGGAUUGAAAACGGGAAGAAGAUUGAAAAAUAUAAGGGUGAAAGACAACACGAUAAUCUGAAAGCGUUUGUAGAACAAAUGAAGCAGCCUGAUGGUGUUACCAGAGAAUCGGAAGAGGUCACAGAUGUUCCGCCAGAAACGAUUUCUGUCGGAGAACUGACGGCAAAUACCUUCAAACUAGGUAUUGAGUCAGGAUUGAGCUUCGUGAAAUUCUUCGCCCCGUGGUGCGGCCACUGCAAGCGACUCUCGCCGAUCUGGGACAGCCUAGCGGAAAAAUUCGGCAAAACGGACGGAGUACACAUAUCCAAAGUAGACUGUACGCUCAACGUCAAUAAGCAACUGUGCAACGAUGAGGGCAUCGAGGGUUUCCCGACAUUGAUUUUGUACAAAGACGGAGCGAAGUUAUGGGAAUACACCGGUAGCAGGUCUCUAGAUGAGUUGUCCGAUUUUGUCAAGCACCAUUUGGAAAGACACGACGAACUCUAAACGUAGACCGUUUUCUCUUUGGACAUAUCGCGGGGUCGAUGGAGCAGCGGGCGGGCAAUAUUUUAAAUAAGGUAUAGGUUAUUUCAAUAUUGAAAUUGAUAUCUUCCGUUUUCUAAUGGCUGUCACUUAUGUUUCCCAUAGGAUUUAUGUGAAAGAAAUCAAAUAAUGCAGUGUGAAUAUGGAAGCCACAACUGACACUUUCGCGAUAAGGUAUAAGCAAUGGCUACUCUAGUCAAACGAUUUAUUGUUACUGUGUUCAAGUUAUAUGAAUUCACUUUGUUUGUCCUUUGAAUUUUUUGUGAUAAAGCAGUUGCUGUUCUGUGACCGUGCACUUUAUUAUGCUAACAAAAAACUUGUUUUUGGUGAAAGGCAUGAAAUUAUUGGGCCAAAAGUAAAAUUCAGCGACCUGACUGGGCGGUUCAUAUCUCAGACCGAGCGCAUUUUUUUUUCUAUCCAGGCAUGAAGCUCCGAAAAUGUCAAGGUUCUAGCUCGACGAAUUUCGGCUGGAGAUGCGCUUAAAGUUCGAAGAUCCGGAAACAGUGUGCAAUUUAAAAGUCAUGGACCUUCAAACUUUGAGUGCGUGUCCAUGUCUCCAUAGUUGCUCAGUAGAAAAGAAUUUUGAGCCCUAGCUGAGAUGAUUCGCCAAUCCAGAUCGUGGAAUUUUUGUUUUGACCCAAUUAUGAAUCUUCCACAAUUGUGAUUAUCUCAAGUGUGUUAUUCCAGCAUUCCAGCAGAAUAGAAUGAAAGUUUGGGAAUGUUUAACUCCUUAAUAUUUAGGUAAUUUUCGACGUUUCAUAGAGAAGUUGAGACCAUAACUUGUAGGUUAAUUUUCCAGUAUUGGUCGACCAAAAUAAUUAUAAUAUAAUUCUUAUUAAAAUAUGUAGUAGAUUACUUGAUUUCAGUAUAUUUUGUUAGGCUGAUUGGUUAUUUUUUGUUAUUUGGAAGUACUUGAAAUAUCUCCAAUUUUUUGAUAUUAUAUAGAAUAUUUAUUGCAUUCCAAAUAUUUCUAUAAUCCACCUAGCAUAUCUUUGAAAAAUUUAACCAAAUUGUCAAAAGUGUUGGAAAGUCGUAAUAUUUAGAGUGUCUUCAACCAACUGUAGAUUUGGUCAAUAAAAUUUUCUUCUGGAAAA